AAAACAUUAAUAUAAAUCAAGAAAACAUUGACGAACUUGUAAAAAUAUUUAAUGAAGCUUUUUAUAAAAGUAAAAUCAAACCUUAUCUGCAAGAGCAUGAAGCUUACCAAAAACAAUCAUUAACUAGUGCAUUACAAGAUACUAAUACAAGUUCAGAAAAUUUAACAAGUCUAACAAAAAUUUUACAAACUUCAUUGCUAAACUCAAGGAGAAAUAUGGCAAAUGGAUUUAAUGAAUUUAUUUUGUUAAGGGCAUGUCAGGAUAAAAUUAUAUUUAAUAAAAUUUGGAAAGAUAUGAUUAGUAAAGGGGGCUUUAAGUUUGUCUGA